AUGAAAAAUUCAAGGAAAUAUAAUUACAAGAGAACAUUUCUCUUUGCUACUUUAUCCAUAAUAUUUUUGUGUGCUGAUAAUCCUUUUUUCAAAUCUUGUACAAGCGUAGUGAAUAAGGGUUAUCAGGAAUCAUGUAAGACAAUGAAAUCAUUAGAAAGAACUCUUGCAGAUGGAGAAGUACAAGGUGUAUUGCAUACGAGGGAUGAAUUAAUUAAUCUUAGGAGAAGAUCUAUAUAUUCUAAGAUGGAUAAACUUAUGGAUUGUUUAUUUAGAGGAUUUUUAGAUACAUUAAUAUGGGUUACAGAUGAAUUUUACAAAUCUAAUGUAAAUGAGGUCGUUAAGGAUGAUACAAUGUCAGGAAAAAUUAUUAGAAAACAAAUGUACACAGAAGGUAUUACUUUAUCGAAUAGAACUGUAAGUAAUGAAGCUCUUAGGACGAAGGAACGCCAUAAUGAAAUUAUAGAACAGGGAGUUUCUUAUGAAGUAAUUAAACGUAUGAUGAAAUUAUACGAGCUUGAGAAUAAUGUAUCUAAACUAAUGAUGAAAAGGGUCACGGAUCCCAAUAAGACUGAGAGCAUAGAUAAUAUCCUCAGUGUUGAAAAAAUAAAAAACAAAAUUAAGAAAAAAUUAGAAACAACUGCUUACAAAUACGAUGAAGCACUACUUGAUUCAUUAUCAUACAGAAUUAUUGAACGAAUUAAAGACAUAUAUACGGAUGAAAACAUUAUUUAG